AUGAAGAGAACAUUGGAAAUGAAUGUCUUUCUGAUCUUAUGAAUUUUGGUUGAUUUCGUGAAGAAACAAUUGAAAGCUGUCUAUGAACAACUUAGGCUAGAGCAACAGAAAAUAGAAAAUUAUCUUUCAGACUGGAGCAUGAAAAUAUUAGAUCAUUCUUCAGAAGAAAGAAGUAACCUGCUUAGUGAACUGCCCAUGGAAUUAGAAACUUUGGAAUGUCCAUACCCUGACUUGAAAUCUUCAAUCCUUAAUGAGUUCUGUAACUUUACAGAGAAAUAUCAAAAGAAACUUCAAGAUUUUGAUCUGCAGUUAGAAGACAUAUGCAGAAACUUCCAAUUAAGUGAUGAAGACCACUGGAUUUACCAGGCUGUUUUGGAUCAGUAUCCUGGGGAUCUCUGUGGCCGAAGGACUUUGUAUCUGGACAUGUUACAAAGAUAUCUUCCACACAAAUCGAGGCAUGAUUUGGUCGAACAUGAGAAAUAUUGUGACCAGUAUCACUUUGCUAAGGAGCAGCGAAGAAUCCUGAUAUUAAGGUGGAAUAAGAAUAGGAGAGACUUUAUACAGAAGGCUGUGCUGACACUGGCCGAAGCCUGUGCAACUCAUGAAAUGGAAAGCAUGUUGGCUAAGGACAGGAAAAAGCAACAGGAAGUGUGUGCUGAUCUGAAAGCCAAGGUUCUUCAGUGGCGAGCCCGCCAGGAAGAGGUAACAAGACUGGAAAUGGAAAUCUCUGCCAGAAGAAGAGAAAAGGAAGAGGAGAAAGAGAAACUGUGGAAGAAGAAGAAAUUGUUACAAAGAGAAGAGAAGAAAAAAGAGAUAAGAAAAUACUUGGCUGAUAAAGAACAGAAAUGGCAGGAAAUGGAAAUGAGAGAUCUUCGGCGUCUGGAAGAACUGAAGAAAUUAAUGGCUGAACAGUCAGUAAAAGACAGAGAAAGGGUUAAAUAUAGACAAGAAUUAUUGGAAAAGCGUUUGAUGGAGAAAAAAGAAGUGGCCCUUCAAGAAGCACUUGAAGAAGAAGAAAGAGAAAAGCGACUAGAAGCCCUGAGGAAACAGGUUGCUAUUGUCGCUCAAUUUGAUCCUGUUAGAAUGAUGUCAGAUACAGUGGCAUCAAAAGCAAGGAUGGGUAUUGGAACUGAAGAAGAAUUUAUUCUUCAGAAGCCACUCUUCACAUUGAAUACGUACAAUGAACAGCAGAUAAUUUCUGACCCUAGACUUCGUUUUGAGUUAGCACUCCGAGAAGCUGGACUUCAUAAAACAUUUUAUGCCAAAGAGAUAUUACCAAAAAUCAGUCCUCAAAAACCUCCAAGAAAGGAUAUGGAGUCUACUGUUUUUAAAAUCUAG